UAAAGUUACAGGGAAACCAACGAAGAAGGUUCUUGCCGUCAAUGAAUCAAACGCCGACUCACGUCCGUGGCGAAGCUAUCAAUGAUGCUGAAUUUUACUUGCGAGUAGCUGUCCAGCCUGAAAUAGUUACAUUUUAAACCUACUUGUGACCGUAAAAUUAAAAAACAUGUCGAUGGCAGUAGGAAAAAACACUGAUAUACCGAUUGUUAUUGCCUGUGGGCCGGUGGCGAACCCGGAAGUGGCGAUUUAAAGCACGGAGUCCAGAGUUUUCCGGCCCGCGUGACGUAGCGCCCCGAGGAACCUCGAGCAGCAGAGCGAGCGUCACUACGGUGGUUGACAGCGGAGCGGCGAGCUGGCAGCCGCGGUAAGGCUGCGCCCCUGACGAGCCCCGGAGUAACUGCCUUCCGACCGAGGCGGGGAAGCCCGAACAUGGGGAACGUGGAGAGCGGCUGCGGCGGUGGCGCCAGCGGCGACGAGGAGGACGUCGAGACAGACAGCCACGUCUUUGCGGGGGAUAGCCCGGCCUCUGCGACCACGGGCGGCGGUGGCGCGGCGGCAGUGAGCGGAGCCUCAGGAUCCGGUGGCGUAAGAGGGUCGAACAGGUCUCCCGCGCCGGCCUUCGGACUCCCCGCACCCGAGGACCUCCUGGAGCAAGGCAAACUGAGGUCGGCGGCGGCCCGGAUGAGCGACUCCUGGGUUGCCGUUUCGGAGUCGGUGCUUGCCCGGAACGAGAGUGCGCUGGUGCGCUGGCUGGAAGAGCGGCUGGGCCGUGGCGAGGAGACCGUGACGCUUGAGCAGUUCUGCGAGAUGCUGGAGAGCCGGGACGCUCCGCGACACGAGUGCGAAGAGGCCUUUGGGCAGUUUGAUGCAGAAGGAGACGGCAUUGUUGAUGUGGAGAACAUGCUGAUGGUGCUGAAGAGUUGCAAUGGAGCCAAUCUGCAGGGAGAGCUGAGUCACGUGAUCCGGCAGUUACAGGCCUGCUCCCUCACACCAGGGUUUGUUGACAUUUUCUCCAAGACAAAGGACCGCCUUGGAUCGCAUGCCUCUAAGAUACUGAAGUUCCUGCACCGGAACAGGAUUCCCAGCAGUGCCAUCCCAUUCCCUGUUUUGGAGGGCUAUAGCAGCCUCUGCGCCAUGAGGUCUUCUGUCGUACAGAGCUACUUGGACUUCCUGCUGCAGAAAGAGAAGGAUUUAGACAUCCAGUACCAAGCAGAGCAGAAUCAUGACCCUGAUACGGACAAGGUCAAAAUCAUCAACCCGUGUUACAGCUUCAUUGAGGCGUCGUCCAACACAGCAGACAUCUACAAGAUGACAAACGGGGAAACUGUGUCCUUCUGGCAGUCGGAUGGGAGCGCCCGGUCGCACUGGAUAAGGUUAAAGAUGAAGCCCGGCGUGGUAUUAAGGCGGCUGGCCAUUGCAGUGGCCUCCAACGACCACAGCUACAUGCCCCAGCUGGUGUCCGUGGCCGUGGGGAACAGCCGACUGUGCCUGCAGGAGGUCCGGGAGAUCCGCAUCCCCAGCAAUGUCACGGGCUAUGUUGCCCUACUGGAGAAUGCCAACAUUACACAGACCUAUGUCCAGAUCAACAUCAAACGUUGCCUGAGUGACGGCUGCGACACGCGCAUUCACGGUCUGAAGACCAUGGGCUACCAGGUCGUCAAGAGCACCGAGGUCUCUGUUUCGGACGCCUCUGCCAUCUGGUAUCUGUCGCUGCUGACCUCCCUGGUGACGGCGUCCAUGGAGAGCAACCCGGCGUUGGCUCAGACGGUCCUCCACAGCACACAGAAAGCCUUGCAGCACAUGCCACCUCUGUCCUUAACUCCCAGCUCCACCGAAUUCCCAAAGUUCUUCUCCCCCAACAUCAUGGAGGAAGUGGACGCCUUUCUCCUCAGAAUAGCCGAUUGCUGUGUGAGUCCUGAGGCGGAGCUGACCCUGCUGGCCUUUGCCCUGGCUAGGGGUAGUUUGGCCAAGAUCAUCAUGUUCCUGUCCAGCAUUAGUGACCACUUGGACAGACAGUACAAGGCAUCCUCUCUGAUCUCCUCCAUGGCUGUCGUCAGACUCAAGCUCCUCUACAAGAAUGGGAAGCCCCUCCGCCUCAGUCUCCAAGCUUGUGAUGUGAAGGGCAAAGAAGACAAGUCAGGCCCAGAGAACAUGCUCGUGGAAGCCUCGACGGGGGACGGGUUCCUAACGGAAACCGGGAAGAAAAAAGCCGCCAUCAUUCUGUCGACUGCAGACCAAACCUCCUUUCAGGUCACACAGAUAAAGAUCAGGGUGCGUAAAGGAGCCAUCGGUGCCAAAUUCGGGCUGGUGUUCGCCUACAAUGAGGCUGACACCUUCAACGCAGAGGAACACUUCAAGCGGUUCAAGAACUAUGACACCUGGGCCUUCAAGGACUUCAGGCAGUUCCUGAAAGAAAGCAGCAAGAACACGAAGCUCACAGAGGACGAGCCGGUUGGUUGGUUUGAGCUGGAGGAUGACUGGAACGACACUGAGAUCAAGCUGCAGCAGUGUCGGGUUGUGCAGUACCUGAUGGUGAAGUUCCUGGGCACCAGGCAGGAGUCAGCUGAGCGGCUGGGCGUGCAGCACCUCUCCGCCAGCGGCUACCUGUGCCCUGGGGCCGAGCGCCUGCAGCUGGAGCAGCUCGGCCAGCCAGAGGAUGGCGCUGAUGGAGGCCCCACCACGGCCCUCUGCCUGCUCAAUAAGACCCUCUACUUCAUCCAGCAGCUCACCCAGGACAUCUGCCCCGCCAGCGCCCCGCGGCUGCCCCCGUUCCCUUCGGCCCUUCAGGACACCUCCCACUCCAAGAGCGCAUGUCUGUUGGACUUCAGCGGCCUCAGCCUGCCACUCUUCUGGGAUUUUUACCGCAAACUCAUGAAUCAUGGCGGAAGCGAGGCAGUGAAGACCAGGGUCCUGCUGCUCCAGCUGCUGCAGAACUGCUUCCCCGUUCUGCGCACCCCAACAGAGAGGUGCGGGACAGCCGGCAGUGACCAUGCUGACCUGGAGGAGGCAGUGCGGGGCCUCUACAGCCACCUAUGCGAGGUGGUGGACAGCCCCGAGGGGGGGGCACCCAUCGACCAGAUGCUGAGGAAGGAGGCGCUGAAGGCCAUCCUGGAUGGGGCGGCAAUUUUCUUCCCUGACAAACAGAGCAGGAGAGACAAGCUGUUCAGCAUGAUGAAAAACAUCUCUGCUGAGGAUCAGCCUGAAUCCCUGAAGCUGACCUUCGAGUCUCUCUGUAACUACUUCAGCCAUCAGGAUCCCCGGGGCCUGCUGCUGCUUCCCCUCAAGGGGGCACCCAUGGACCAUGACGUCUCCCCCGUUCUGAAUGUGAUGGACACGCUUCUGCUAGUGGCUACACGUGAAUGUGAGGCACUGAUGGUUGCCGGCAGUGGCGGUCAGAGCCGGAAGGUGCUGCUGUCGCUCUUCUGGGCCCUUCAGGGAAGCCUGCUUUCCUGGGUCUACCUCCAGCUGAAAGCAGGGCCCACAACCCUGUGCCACUUGGCCAGGGACAUCCUCCUGCGAUAUGUGGACCGGUUCCUCUCGGGCGUCCAGGGUAUCAUGACCUCUCUGCUGGAGAAGUACACCGGAGCGGAGAUCAUGGAAAAGCUGAGCCCCUCUAUCCUAGCCAUGGUUACUAGGCAACUGAUCAUCUUCCUUCUGGAACUCUCUUCCCUGGAUGUCCCUCAUUUGAUCCUGCUGAAAAACUUCACAGCCUUGAUCGAGCUCCUGAAGAAAAUGUACAGCGAUAAGGAUGAGGAUGAUGCUCUUUCCAAAGAGCCCGUGGUGCUGAGGACCUGGAGCAUGGAGUCGGCCCACAGCUACGAGAGCAGCCGGCACGAGACCACCAUCUUCAAGUGCCCCGGGGCCACGUCCUUCGAGGUGGAGUUCGACGAGAGAUGCGAGACUGAGAAAAGAUACGAUUACCUGGAAUUCACAGAUGCCAGAGGCGGAAAGGUUUGUUACGGCUUGAAGGUCGGCACGGAUAAGUGGCCCAAGAAAGUGAAUUUCCGAGGUGGUCCGCAGCUGCAGUUCCUCUUCCACUCCGAGAACAACAACAAUGGCUGGGGCUACAAGUUCUCCGUUGUGGCCUACGGGCUGCCUGACAUUUCUGUGUCCUGGGUCUCCGACCUGCUGCUGCUCACGGCCCGGCUGUUGGGGCGCCUGGCCUCGCGGACCAUGACUCUGAAGUCACCCCAGGAAACUGGGAGUGCAAAAGAUCUCCCGGCGGGAAAGAUGAAUCACAUCCUUGCCUCUGCACUGUGGAAACCCAUGUUCAAGCAGGGGCUUGAAGGAGAGCAGCACACUCAGGGUGAAAGUGAGGUGAACGCUCGUCCCUCUGACGAACUCGUCAAGUUCCUUGUCGACUUCGCCAGCUGGGAACCGUCCGAAGACGCCUCGGAUAGUGGGCCGGAGAUGAUGAAAGCACUCAUGCUGGCCUGUAGGAAGCAAGCUGCCAGAAACGAUGUGGUCACGGGUUCGAAGGUUGACCAGGCCGUUAACGCUAUCUGGGCUUGCAUGGUUUACCACACCCCGGUCCUACACCGCAGUCUGCGGAACUAUGUGGCCCAGGGUGGGAAGUCCAGCUUCUCUGAGGACUUCGUUCAUGUGUACAGCUUUGCGGAGGGCAUCCGCACCUGGAUGCUUGAGAUGAAACAGAGAUACCUGAUGGGAGCAGUGAAUCCGUCGGAGGAAAAUGAGGAGGACGUCCAGGAAGUGAGCACGGAGGUGCAGGCGGAUGCCUGCAUUGCCAAAAGCCUGCUCCUGCUCAAGUUCGCCCCCUGCUGGGCUCCGGCAGCAGAUGACGGCCCCCUCAGGAAUGAAGCCUAUCCGCUGCUCAGAUCCACCUCUGUAUCUGAGAGUGACUUCCAGGGCAGCCCGACGUCCGGGCUCCAGGCUAGUGGGAGCGAAGCUGGAGCAGACGCCCCCUCAAAGGGUCACGUUCCGGUGGUCCAGACCUCUGGCGGUUCCGACCCCGGAUCUCCGGGCAGUUUUACCGGGAGCCCCCACCGAGGCUCCACUGAGAGUCUGACCUCUCUGCCUGGAGAACCGGCCUCCCCCUUCAGCCUGCACCGCAAAGCGCCGUUCAGCAGGGGCCGCAUACGGCUGCUUUCCUUCAGGUCUGUCGAGGAGUCCCGCCCUCCCUUGUCCGUCAAGGACAGGUUCCCCAUCCUCAAGGAUAUCAUGAACUUCCUGAAGGACCAGACCAUCUCCGACGCCAGCGUCCUGCAGCUCCUGUCCUUGAAGAAGGCCCAGGCCCUCAGCGUGAGCGAGGUGCUGCGGACCGUGCGCCGGUGCCUGUGUUCCCUGGGUGAGCCGCACCUCUUCCAGGCCUCCUGCAUCCUCUUCCUCCAGGAGCUUCUGGCCUUCCAGAAGGACUUCACCAGUUACUUCACCCAGCUGUCUGGCAGCGGGCAGGAGGUGCAAGAUGAAGUCCGCCAGUCAUACCACCAGCUGGUGCAGAUGCUGGUGGAUGCCGUCCAGAACUUUGAUUCCAUCGGCGAUAAGGCUCUGCUUCCUGCCCUCUCCUGCGUGCAGACCUGCCUUCUCCACCUUCUCGACAUGAGCUGGGAAGUGCAGGACCUCCCGCUCUUUCUCGACAUCAAACUGCCGGAUCUCCUGCUUUCCAUGGCCCAGGAGAACAUCAGCGUCCAUGAUAUUGCUAUAAGCCAAUGGAGCGAGGAGGACGAGGUAGCCGACUACCUGAGGAACUGCGAGUGGAUGGAGGAGUGUCAGGAUGGGAUGUUUGAGAAGUGGUACGACAAAAUUGUCCAGGGCUCCCCGGAGGAGCGGAGGAAGAUGCACAUGUUCAUCGCACGGUACUGCGACCUGCUAAAUGUGGAGAUCUCUUGCGACGGCUGCGAGCGCAUCGCACCCUGGCACCGCUACCGCUGCCUGCAGUGCACUGACAUGGACCUCUGCAAGACCUGCUUCCUCAGUGGAGCCAAGCCCGAGGGCCACGAGGACGACCAUGAGAUGGUGAACAUGGAAUACGCCUGCGACCACUGCCAAGGGCUGAUCGUGGGCAGCCGGAUCAACUGCAACGUGUGCGAGGACUUCGACCUGUGCUUCGGCUGCUACAACGCUAAGCGCUACCCCGACAGCCACCUGCCGACGCACCGCAUCACAGUGUACCCAAUGGUGACCAUCCGGAUCAGCGACCGCCAUCGUCUGAUCCAGCCCUACAUCCACAAUUACGCCUGGCUGCUGUUUUGUGCGCUGGCGCUCUACGCCUCCGACUUGACGAGCGAGCGUGAGCUGGAGGGUGAGGCCCUGGCGGUCGGGGCCCUGAGCAGCGCUGCCACCCUGCAAGCCCGCUGCUCGGAGCUCAUCGCCGACUGUCUGCUCAAGGGUCAAAAGGGCAGAGGUCUGCGUACCUCUGCACUCAUGUCCCUGCUGUCGUCGGGUGAGUCGGCCUCAGAGAGUGAGCCGGAGUCCGGCCAGGACCCCCUGCCAGGUGGCACUGCCACAGUCUGCUCACCGCCGCCCCCUAGGGACAAGCACAAAGGCGGGCCCAGUGAUGGGCAACCAGCGUCCCAUCUCCCGCUGGCCUCGGGGGUUCCCACAGGAGAUGAGGGGGGGCAGCAGCGUGACAUCAGUGGCCUCAGCCAGACGUGCUCUGAUGGCACCCUGACUCCUGGUGAAGCUACUGGGGCCGGCACGGAUGCAAACCUCGACGUGCCACCCCCCGUGACACCGCUGGAUGAGCGGGCCGCCAAGCAGCCCCUCCAAGAACAUGUGUUUGCCGAGUGCUCCCGUGAGAGGAUCCUGGGCCUGCUGGCGGCCAUGUUGCCCCCUGGCAAGCCGUCCCCGGGUUGUACCCUCCCUCUGCAGAGCCUCAGCUCCAUCCUCCCCCUGCUCUUCCGCGUCGUCAUCUCCAACGCCGGCUGCCUGAAUGAGACAUACCAUCUGACGCUCGGCCUCUUGGGUCAGCUGCUGUUGCGCCUCUCGCCGGCGGCUGCUGACACUGCCGUUGCGGAGGCCCUGGCGGACAGGCAGGCGCUGCUGACCCCGGGGGACGGAGCCCCCGAUGCACCAGGCUGGAGGACCACGCAGCUGCUCUUUAGCCUGGGUGCCGUGUGCUUAGACAGCCGCAUUGGCUUAGACUGGGCGUGCUUGGUGGCGGACAUACUGCGGGACCUGAACAGCUCCCCCCAGUGGAGCAGUGUCAUCGCAGCACUCACUGACCACUGCAUCCAGCAGCUUCCCAUCCAGCUGAAACGCUCAAACUUGUUCACCCUGCUGGUGCUGGUGGGAUUCCCGGAGGUGCUGUGCAUGGGCUCCCACUCCACCUUCAUGGACAACGCCAACGAGCAGCAUGCCGUCAUCCUGCUGAAGCACUUCACCGAGAAGAACCGCGCGGCUGUGGUGGACGUGAGGACCCGCAAGAGGAGGACUGUGAAGGACUACCAGCUGGUGCAGCCCCCUGAUGGUCAGAGCGCCCCUGUGGGGCCCGUCCCCCUCGCCCGUUACUUGGAGCACUUCACGGCCAUUUGCAGUCAACUCCUGCAGAGUGAACUGGAGGGCAGCGCUCCGGACGCUGUGGAGGCCACCUGGGUGCUGUCCCUGGGCCUCAAGGGGCUUUACACCAGCCUGAAGAGACAUGGCGUGGAGAUGGGCCAGGCUGCUAUCCAGCAGUCAGGCCUGGUCCAGCUGCUGGUCAGGAAGUGCAGCAAAGGCACUGGCUUCAGCAAAAUGUGGCUCCUGCGAGACCUGGAGAUCCUCUCCAUCAUGCUGUACUCCUCCAAGAAGGAGAUCAGCUCCAUGGCUGAGGUCACUGAUUCGGAGCCUUAUGAUCGCAAGCCAGAGAAGGAGCACGACUCGGAUCAUUCUAGCUGCUGUGCCGACGACCCGGACCCCAACAAGCCCGACCCACUUGAGGGCCUCGAUGAGGAGACCAAGAUCUGCUUCCAGAUUACUCAUGAUGCUUUUAAUGCCCCGCUGCAUAUCCUGCGGGCCAUGUAUGAGCUGCAGAUGAAAAGAACAGACUCCUUCUUCUUGGAGGUUCAGAAGAGGUUCGAUGGUGACGUGAUAAAGACGGAUGAGACCAUUUGCGCGCUGGCGCAGAAGUGGCAGCCGUCCAAGCGCCCGCGGGCGGAGGAGCGCAGUGCCAAGGCAGUGGACACAGACAUGAUCGUCGUGCCGUGUGUGUCUAAACCAGGCCGCUGUGAGAGAGCCACGGAGGAGACCAACCUGGUGACACAGAAGCUCAUCACCAACACGGAGGGCGAGCUGCAGCGGAGCUACGCCAAGCAGCGGCGCACCAAGAGCUCAGCGCUGCUGCGUAAGGAGCUGGAUGCACGCAGCAACCGGGCCGUGCGCCAGUUCCUCUUCAAGGUGAACGAGGCCGUGGCCAUCUUGUACGCCCGGCAUACGCUGGGCCUGCUGCUGGCGGAAUGGCCCGCUGGCGUGCCUGUCAGCGAAGACGUGCUGCAGCUCAGUGGCGCCUCCCACAUGGUCUACAUCCUGGACAUGCUUAUGCAGUUGGAGGAGAAGCAGCUAUGGGAGAAGAUCCUGCAGAACGUCCUGAAGGGCUGCAGCGAGGACAUGUUGGGCAGUCUGUCCCUCACCGCCUGCCAGUUCAUGGAGGAGCCAGGGAUGGCGGUGCAGGUGCUGGAGUCCAAGCACCCCUACGACAACGACACCAACUUUGAGGAUAAGGUCCACAUCCCUGGCGCCAUAUACCUGUGCAUCAAGUUCGACUCACGUUGCCACACAGAGGAAGGCUGUGACGAGCUGCUGAUGGCUAGCAGUUCUGACUUUGUGCAAGAUCUCCACAACUUCAGCGGCUCGCCUCAGAAGUGGACUGACUUCGAGAUUCCGGGUGACACACUCUACUAUAGGUUCAUAUCCGACAUGAGCAACACCGAGUGGGGAUACAGGUUCACCGUCACUGGAGGCCACCGGGGCAGAUUCCAGACAGGUUUCGAGAUUCUGAAGCAGAUAUUAGCUGAUGAGCAGGUGUAUAGCCACCUGCCCUUGGCUGACAUCUGGGAGUGGCAGGUGGGCGUGGCCUGCAGGCAGACGGGGAGCCAGCGUCUGAAGGCCAUUCACCUGCUACUGCGGAUGCUGCACUGCCCCUCCCAGCGGGGCCUCGAGCUGACCCUCCUCCGACCCCUGUGGCGCCUGUUCUGCACCAUGGAGACUGGCCUGGGCCAGGACCUUACCAAUGUCACCAUGCUGCUGCCGCUGCACCGAGCCCUCACAGAGCUCUUCUUCGUGGCUGAGGCCCGGGCCAUGGAGCAGGGGGUCCUCCAGGAGUACCUACUGGCCUUGACAACCAGCGAGCAGCUCCUGAAUCACACGGCACAGGCUUUGAAGAAUGUCGCUGCUAUUAGUCUGGCCAUCAACUACUCGAAUAAAUCAACCAAGCUGCUGGACGUGUCCCCGUGAGUCUGAGAGAGGGUGUCCUCGUCUGAAAAAGAGGCUGGGAUUCAGGAAACAGUGGGGAUCAGAAUGGCAGCAUCGACUCCUGAAUGUCUUCCAGUGACUGCAGUCUCAUGAGAAUGAGGAGGCUAUUCCUUGGGGGGCAGGCUGAGGACGCACUGCCGUUCACGGCGGGUUUGGGGGGGGGGGACGCCGGCUGGCCUGCUAAUACUUCAGUUUGCCUUCAGUACAUGGGAAUGCAGUAACGGCCCACUUUUACGCCACUUUGAAGUAUAAAAAAAUAGAUGCACGGGGCUGGAUAAUCGAUCAUCGCAGAAGGAGGUCACCUUGCCUCCCCCCUCGCAGAGAACACAGCAGCCCAGCCUAAAAAUACAACAGCCCACGGUGGGGGGGGCAUUAUUCACAGGCGCAAGUGUCCUGGUCUUCAGCUGAGACGUAAUAGCAUCCUAUUCGAAUGACCCUUCCAAAAAUGCAUGACUGUUAACCCAAUGAUGCGGCUACUGCCCCCAAUCUCCCCCUCCCAAAAAAAAGGAUUCUGCACAGAAAAGCAGAAAAGGAGCAAUAAUGCAAUCGUUGAUGGGAUGUUCUUUCAUUUUCUGUCUGGUUAGGGGUAGGGGUUUGGUUCCGGUUCUUCGGCCAGGCACUUCAGUCUCUGCUCCGAGGCCCAGGUGCAGCUCACGGGGCGGCUUGUCCGCCAGCCUUAACUGCCAGGCAGCAUGAUGCUGACAGGCAGCAUGAUGCCGACAGGCAGCACUCUUACAUUCCCACCGGGCGACGCGCUGGGUGUUGGUCCCUGCUGGCGCGUGAGGCUCUACCUGAGCCUUCCUCAGCAUGGGGUCCUUCACGACACGAGACGCAUCCUUGGAGACCGCAGAGGAACUCGAGAAUAAUCACAAUUUUACACCCCUCCUUCCGAACUGCCAGGCCUCCUUAUCCCAUAUGCACGUCUCUGCCGCUCGUCUAGGCUUUUGGGAGCGUAUCCUAUUAGUUUUUAAGUUUCCCAGAUCUUUAUAUUUUAUUUUGUACAUUUACUUUUAUGCCCCCCGCUCCCCCCAGCCUGGGCUUCCCAUCCUCCUGCAGUGCAGUGGCUACCCCUGGCUUGAUCACGUCCCCUAAUAAUCGUGAGGAUUCCUGCAGGGAUAUGUGGUUCUGCUUUGGUUUUGUAGCAUGGCAGAGCGGUGUAUACCAAAGAAAAAAAACAAAAGACUGAAUACUGUCACAGCAUUCAGGGCCGGAAACAUGUCACUGACGAGGUCCUCCUUGGAAGACUGGCACCUUAAUUUUUGAGGGUGUGUAAACUCAACAGACUCCUGUCUCAGUGGGUCUCAGAAGAGUGCCAAUUGGGGCACUGACCGUCCAGCGCUAGCCCCUGACUAUGCCACCGAUGGAGGCCCUGCUCUUCCCUGCAGUGUGUUUUAUGGGCUGUUAGCGGAGUGACUUGGAUGGACCCUGGCCGUCCUCAACAUCGCCUGUUUAAAAUGUGCCUAUGGUUUAGCGAAAAAAUAUUUAAUUUUCAUAUUGUAAAGGGUUUUUCUUUAAUCAUAUUUUUUAAAAAAAGUAUUUAAUUUUUGGCUUUUGUAUCUUUAUUUGUAAGCCGAAUUAAAUCUGUUUGGGGUUUUGUUUUACUUUGAGUUUGGCUGCGUUUGACUGUAUAUCUGUGAAUAAUGUUAAAUUCAAAUGGAAAUAAAUGAGGUUUCAAAGAG